UGGUGCAGUGAGGGGUUAAGGUCUGCAGUGAGGUGUUGAGGGGUGCAGUGAUGGGGAUUCAGGGACUGCUGCAGUUUCUAAAGGAGGCUUCAGAGCCGGUUCAUGUGCAGAAAUACCGCGGGGACACUGUGGCUGUAGACACCUACUGUUGGCUGCACAAAGGAGCGUUCUCCUGCGCCGAGAGACUGGCUAAAGGAGAACCCACUGACCAGUAUGUGUCGUUCUGUAUGAAGUUGGUGGACAUGCUCCUGUCCUACGGUGUUAAACCUUUGCUGGUGUUUGACGGACGGAACCUUCCAUCAAAACAGGAAGUGGAGAAAGCUCGACGAGAGCGUCGUCAGGCCAACCUGCAGAAAGGCAAGCAGCUGCUGCGAGAGGGCAAAGUGGCCGAGGCUCGAGAAUGUUUCACACGCUGCGUUAACGUCACACACUCCAUGGCACACCAAGUCAUCAAGGCAGCGAGGGCGCGUGGUGUGGACUGUUUGGUGGCUCCGUAUGAAGCUGAUGCUCAGUUGGCUUUUCUGAAUAAAACUGGAAUUGCUCAGGCCGUCAUCACUGAGGACUCGGACCUGCUGGCAUUCGGCUGUAAAACGGUGAUAUUGAAGAUGGAUAAGGCGGGGAACGGUCUGGAGAUAUCACAGUGUCACCUGGGCCGCUGCCGCUCACUGGGCGACGUCUUCACUGAGGAGAAGUUUCGCUACAUGUGCAUUCUAUCAGGGUGCGAUUACCUUCCGUCGAUCUACGGUAUCGGCCUGGGGAAAGCAUGCAAGCUGCUCCGCAUGGCCAACAAUCCCGAUAUCCUCACGGUGAUCAGGAAGAUUGGUCAGUACCUGAAGAUGAACAUCACUGUACCUGAUGAGUACAUUAAAGGCUUUGUGAAGGCCAACAACACGUUCCUCUAUCAGCUCGUCUUCGACCCCAUCAGCAGGAAAGUCGUGCCUCUUAACCCUUACCCUGAAAACCUCGACCUCAGCACGCUCAGCUACGCCGGAGUGAACAUCGGUGAUGAUCAGGGGCUGCAGAUGGCUCUGGGGAACCUGGACAUUCACACCAUGGAGAGGAUCGAUGAUUUUAAUCCUGAUGCUCCUCUAACACAACCUGUUAAAGCCCCUCGCAGUCGAGGCUGGAGCGACUCUGCCCCGGUCACUGCCUCACCUCGGGUCAGUAUCUGGAGCAGAGGUUAUGUAGCGGGCAGCGUCCAGCCCCGGUCUCCAUCGUCCCCUCUGAGACCUUCUCAACCCCGAGGCAGGGAGACCGUCGUGUCCCUGCGAGGCCUCAGACUGCCCAGCAGAGAACCACAGGUCAAGAGACCACGACAAGACUCUGCCGUUUCAGACGAGGACGUUCUGGAGCAGUACUCAUCCAGCACCAAGAAACAGCGCGCAGUAACCAUGGAAACGGAGCACAGCGUUCCCAAGGAGACGAAACAUUCCCAAAGAGAGCAUCCUCGACCCCGGAACCGAUUCGCCACGCUGCUGCAGUGGAGGAGCCGGUCAGAGGAGGGCGAUGGAGAGCAGGGAACACGCAGCAGGUUUUUUGCGAGCUCUGAUCUCGGUGUAGCUGAAGCGAAUGGAUCAAAGGAAGAAUCUGACGACUCUGAGAAAUCGGACGACGCCCCCUCGCCGGUGAGAGAAACACUCAGCACUGAGACAGACACGCCACCGACGCCGCGCGCCAGCCUGAGCGCUUUCAGCUGGUCUGGCAGCUCCACAGGACCCUCCAGACCCGCAGCCUCGACCUCAGACCGACCCAGAACUCCUAGCGUGCCCGCGGGUCUCUCGGUCCUGCAGCAGUUCCAGAGGAGGAAGGAGAAUCUCAGCUGGGGACAAACUCCAUCUCCUCAGCACUCUGCACCCUGCUGUCCUACAGAGGGCGCUGUUGGUAUUGAAACGCCUCCUGGUUCUCCUCCGUCUCAGGACAGUGCAUAUUUCUCUCAGCCCAGCAGCGGCCUCUCCGCCAUGGAGGACUCCACCACCAGCACUCCGAGCGCGACGGCUUCACCUGAGACGGAGAAGGAUCCGUGGAGGGAUUCGGGAAGUGCAUUGUGUCCCAGUGAGGUGUCUGUGAUGGAGGAGGUCAGAUCUACACCCCCGAGGAUGAAGGUGUCCGGUUUGUCCCGAAUCCAUCCCGCUGAGCAGGAGAAGGGCAGUAAGAUCCGCCCCUCUGCCCCGGCCAGGGCGAGUGGAUUGAGGAAGAAGGCUCAGGGGAAGAGAGUGGGCGUGACUAACGAGAACAGUCCGGGACUGCAGGCCACCAUCAGCGGCCUGUGGAGAAACUUCAGCUUUAACAAGGAGAACCCGAAGUUAAACCCCUGUAAGAAAGGAGAGCCCAUGUCUCCAAUGAAGGACAACAUGCAGUGAUGAGAGCAGGACGAGUGGACACUGGUGUAAUACAGCUGUAGGGUGGUAGAGCGAGCACCUCCCCCCGUUAGCGCGGCGUUGAAGCGACUGGACUUUGCUCCACACUGUCUUUUAAACAUGUUAAACAUACUGUGUAUGUUUGUGACUUUUUUUAUGGUUUAGUAAUUCAAUAAAAUAUCUACAUUUUCCUGA